AUGGAUGGAGAUGACCAGUCUCCUAAGUCACCGCCGCGGCGGCGCAGACCGCCCUUGUCCUGCACCAUCUGCAGACGCCGCAAGUUGAAAUGCGAUCGCGCUCUACCAUGCGGGCAAUGUGUCAAGUCCAAAACCCCGGGUCAAUGUGUCUACGUUGGUCCUCAAGCUCCGACGUCGGGGCGUGCGGGCAGCACGCCCCCCGAUCGCGCGCGCGUGUCCAGCAGUCGGGCGAGUCCGGCCCAUGGUGGACUUUACGUAUUCGAUUCCAAGCACCAGUCGACGAACCGGGUGAGCAAGCCCAAAUCGCGCUCGGAUGAGUUGCACGAGCUGCGCAAUCGCAUCCAAUUUUUGGAAUCGGCGCUCUCCAAGACGGGUCCUAUUCACACGCCGGAAAGUCUGGGAUAUGACGCCCCGUCGGAAGGCGGGCAUCGCAUGGGCCCGGAGGCGCACAACCUCGUCGAUAGCGUGAAGGACCUUCCGGACCGAUGUUGUUUUCGUGGCAAGAAGAGCCGGACCCGAUACGUUGGACGAAGCCAUUCAUCCGUGUCCUUGUCCUUUUUUGACGAUGUUGGAACAUUUAUGAGAGGACGCCGCAGUACCUUAAAGAGAAACCCCGACUAUAAGAAGUUCAAAGAUUUCAAAGGAGAGCUAUGGUCGCGGGAAAGACAAGAACAUCAGCGCGCCUUUCGCGAUAAGCCCCCCACGCUAGAGGAAAUGGUCCCGCCUCGCCAUGUCGCCGACGAACUACUGAAUCUGUAUCUGACGACGUUCGAGACAACGCACCGGAUCUUGCAUAUCCCCACCUUUUUGGAGCAAUACGAGAACUUCUGGGCGGGCCUGCAGCCCAGGGAACCGUCUUUUGUGGCGAAGCUGCUGGCGUUGAUGGCUGCCAGUUGCUGUUUUCUCAGUCCGACCACGAAGAUCAAUGGGGAAGGUCCAGUGUACCAAACGGCCGCCGAAUGGAUUGCUGGCGUUCGGUCGUGGAUUGCGUCCACACUGGUCAGUUCGACGAUCGAUUUCAACAUUCUGCAAAUCGAAUGUCUCUUGAUGAUUGCACGGCAGGCCGAUGCAAUCGACGGGGACAUUGUUUGGAUCUCGUCUGGCUCGCUGACACGGACUGCCAUGACCAUGGGGCUGCAUCGGGAUCCCCAUCGGUUCGGCAAGAUGACGAAAUUCUGGGCCGAGAUGCGUCGGCGGCUCUGGGCGACCAUCUUGGAGCUGGAUUUGCAGUCGUCCUUGGACGGCGGGAUGCCGCCCACGAUUGACCUGGACGAAUAUGAUUGCGAGCCGCCGUCGAAUCUCGACGAUUCGCAGUUGACGGAAGAUAUGACCGAGGACCCGGACCCCAAGGAUCCGGGGGUGUUAACACAAAGCACAUUUCAGGUCUUGCUUCUCCAGUCGUUACCGUUGCGACUUCACAUCGCCAAGGCUAUCAACAGUCUCAAAUUCACCCUGUCGUACGAUGAGGCCUUGCGACUGAGCGAAGAGCUGAUCCAAUUCAUGCACCAGGGCGUGGGGACCUUUCAGAAGAGCGAACUGGGGCUGCCUUCACCGGGCGGCAACGACUCAUCAUUCGCCCAGUCAAUGUUGGUGUUUCUGUUGCGGCGAUCGAUUCUGGUUGUUAACCGGCCGUUUGCACUGAGUAUUCUUCGGUCGCCAAAAUUUUCCUACUCGCGGAAGAUCUGCCUCGAGUCCGCCUUGGAGAUCCUCUCUCACCACGAACCUCCAGCGAGCGCCCAGGUAUGCCCGCAUCUGGGACAGCUCAGUGGGGGGAUGUUCCGCGACGAGUUUCUCCACGCAGCCCUGACGGUGUGCGUGGAGCUUUACCUCCAAGCGGGCGAGUUCAACAGGACGAGCGCAUCGACCGCGGGACAGUCCAGCGCGCUGACCUCAUUGAACGAUCUGGUGCGGUCACAGCAGGAGGUCAUGGUCGGGGCGGUCGAGCGGACGAUAGAAACAUUUGGCAGCCGGAUCACUCCGAACGGCAAGGGGAGCAAGGCCUUUUUCCUCCCGAAUCUUGCACUCUCGUCGGUGAAGGCACGGCUGCGAGGAGAAGAUCCACAGAAAGUGAUUGAGCUGGACGCGAUGAAAUGCAUGCAGGCAUGCGAACAGGUGAUGCGGGGGGCCACCUGGGCCUCUGUCCGAGCCAGACAGGCCGAGUCGACGCCCGUUUCUACACCCUCAUUGAGCCUUGCGACGCCUGAUUUACCAUUCGACCCUGCGUCGUUUGGAUUAGACACGUCGCUGGAUUUCGGGACCAUGUUUGACAUGAACGACUACGGGAUGCCGGGGAUGUGGGAUCAGGACUUUCUGACGUUGUUCUAA